CCUCAGCCCCCACCCCCCUCGUCUCUUCUCAUUAACCUAAAACCCAACUGCUCCCAAAACCCAUUACCUGAUCACCUCCAAACAACCAUGUUUUUUUCACUUCCACUUUUCAAACUACUGCUCAUCACUCUCCCACUUCUUUGUCUUAUCACCACCUCCACCUCCACCGCUUCUUUCCCUGACUUUCAACAUUUGAACGUCAAUGAAUCAAUUGCCGCGGCAAAAACUAUACCCGUAAAGCUAUCUCUUUCUCAGCUUCAUGAUGAUGAAGUGGUAUUUCGAAACCAUAAUGAUACUUCAGGAAAAUGGAAGCUUAAACUCUUACAUAGAGAUAAACUAUCAUCGACCACCGCAAACUCUCACGAUAAUCGUCACCGUUUUCAUGCACGCAUGCAAAGGGACGUGAAAAGGGUGGCUCACCUUACGCGUCGUCUCUCUGGCGGUAAAGACGCCGUCAAAUAUGACGUGGAGGAUUUCGGGACUGACGUGAUGUCUGGCAUGGAGCAAGGGAGUGGAGAAUAUUUCGUUAGAAUAGGAGUUGGUAGCCCACCAAGAAGUCAAUUCAUGGUUAUUGACUCCGGUAGUGAUAUCGUUUGGGUUCAAUGCCAACCUUGUAACCAAUGUUACAAACAAUCCGACCCGGUUUUUAACCCUGCUGAUUCGGCAUCUUUUACCGGCGUAUCUUGCAGUUCCGCCGUCUGUGACCGCCUCGAGAACGCUGGUUGCCACGCGGGUCGUUGUCGUUACGAGGUGUCGUACGGUGAUGGGUCGUAUACUAAAGGUACGCUAGCGCUUGAAACGCUCACUGUUGGUCGGACCACGGUCCGAAACUUGGCAAUCGGGUGCGGGCAUAGAAAUCAAGGCAUGUUUGUUGGAGCUGCCGGGUUGUUGGGCCUUGGAGGUGGAUCUUUGUCAUUUGUGGGUCAAUUGGGUGGCCAAACUGGAGGUGCAUUUAGCUACUGUUUAGUGAGUCGGGGCACCGGUGCAUCAGGGUCAUUGGAAUUUGGUCGUGGAGCAUUACCCGUGGGUGCUGCAUGGGUUCCUUUGGUCCGUAACCCACGGGCUACCAGUUUCUACUAUGUGGGGCUUUCGGGUCUUGGAGUUGGAGGUAUGCGGGUACCCAUAUCCGAAGACGUUUUCCGGCUAAAUCAGUUGGGUUAUGGUGGGGUGGUUAUGGAUACCGGAACUGCCGUGACCAGGCUGCCAACAGUGGCCUAUGAGGCAUUCCGUGAUUCAUUUUUAGCACAAACCGGAAACCUACCUCGGGCAUCCGGAGUAUCCAUAUUUGAUACUUGCUAUAACCUAUUUGGGUUUGUAUCCGUUCGGGUACCAACCGUAUCAUUUUACUUCUCCGGCGGGCCAAUCCUUACCCUUCCAGCAAAUAACUUCCUUAUUCCAGUGGAUGAUGCGGGAACAUUCUGUUUUGCAUUUGCUCCAUCCCCUUCAGGACUUUCCAUAAUAGGAAACAUCCAACAAGAAGGAAUUCAGAUUUCUUUUGAUGGAGCAAAUGGGUUUGUGGGAUUUGGUCCCAAUGUUUGUUAAGUAAAUAUCAAGUUAAUAGUUAAAUUUUGCUAGUAUUUAGGUCAAUUAUAAUCAUAUUAAUAGUAUAAAUAUAUAUAUAUAUAUAUAUAUAUAGAUGUCAUGUGGUCAUUGUCGUAGUUAAUUAAUGCAUUAAAGUUGUGUUUUUUUAUUUUAUAUUCCUAAUGAAGAAGUUUGGGUGUAAAAGUAGUAAAUGUGAUUGUGAUUCUAUAAAGGCUUAUUUUAUGAAAGAGGGUUAAAAGAAGUAGUGGUGAUUAAACAGAGGUAGGGUAUGAAAGAGGUCCAAAAUUCCCAGGAAAACCAACAGAUUGUCAAAGGAAUCAGAAAAAAGGUAAUUUACUUGGGUAUUAGAGAAAAGUUUUUGUUAGAUGGGAGGAUCCAAGAGGACCAAGAGGGUC